ACAGAGGACAAACAAACUUUCAAAUGCUAAUUUAUUUUCCUUGGUGUAAUAUUUCCUUUGUUUCGCAACAAACGAAAUAUUCCCGCAGCUUGAUCGCCAGCGCGUGACGGUUUGUACCGAAAAUUUUCUCUAACAUGGCACGGAAAAACGAAGAUCUUAUCCGUUCGAAUCUCUGCGGUUAUGCUCCAACUGCUAACUUGAUGUUGAACGAGAAGAUCAAAGAGCUCACGGCGUCUGGUAAGACCGUGUACCAUCUUGCUUUCGGUCAAUCUCCGUUUCCCAUUACGGAGUUGGCCAAAUGCAGUCUUUCCCAAAACGCUGACAAAACGGAUUAUCUACCCGUGGCUGGGAUCAAGGAACUCAGAAAAGCGAUUUGCGAAUUUCACCGUGAGUUUGACGGUCUUGAUGUCAAGGCUGAAGAUGUUAUUGUUGGUCCUGGUAGCAAAGAAUUAUUUUUUCUUUUUCUCUGUGUGUUUAAUGGCGACGUCUUUGUUUUGUCUCCCACGUGGAUCACAUUCCUACCACAAGCUCGGCUUGCUGGGCAUGAACCUACUGUUAUAACAACAGAAUAUCGCCAUGACUGGAGGGUGACCUCAGACAAUCUGGAACGCGCGCUCAACAAAUCCUCGGCCAAAAAUAAAGUUCUUAUCUUGGUGAAUCCAGAUAAUCCAACUGGCACUGUUUACACUGAAGAUCACUGGAAAGAAUUGGUGGAAGUACUCAGAAAACACAAUGUGAUAGUUUUAUCUGAUGAGAUUUAUGGCUGCUUGAAUUUCUCGGGUAACCACUGCUCGCUGGCCAAGUUUUAUCCUGAAGGCACAAUACUGAGCUCAGGGCUUUCAAAAUGGGCAAGCGCUGGAGGGUGGCGUCUAGGCUAUCACAUAUACCCACCAAUGUUAAGAUCUUUACUAGAUGCUGUUAAAAGUGCUGCAAGCCAUACCUAUUCAUGUGCAUCUGCACCCAUACAAUAUGCUGCUGUUUCUUAUUUGAGAGUCAAUGAUGAGACAAAAGCUUAUAUUUCCCAUCUGCGCCGCAUUUUGGCAGCUGUAGGAAGCUACUGUCAUCAUCACCUUACAGAAGUUGGUGUCAAGGCUGUAAAACCAAGUGGGGGGUUCUACAUGUUCCCUGAUUUUGAGGUAGUCAGAUGUGCCUUGGCCAAGCGUGGUAUAACCACCGCUCAGCAGAUGUGUGACACAGUCUUCGAGGACGUGGCUGUUGCACUAAUGCCUGGAGGUCCGUCCUUUCUUAGACCAGUACAAGAGCUGACUGUGCGGUUAUGUUUUGUCAACUUUGACGGAAGUGUUGCAUUAAAGGCCAGUGAGGCCUGUGGUCUUAAAAAGCCACUUCCAGAUGAUUUUGUGGAGAAAUAUUGUGAGCUCACAGCAAGUGGAAUACAAGCACUGAAAAACUGGGUGCUUUGCCAGAAGUCCAGUGUGUCUCACACUUAGAUACAACAUGUUGACAGAUUACUCUUACGAAUUUUUUGCAAUGAAUGAUUCCAUAGUUACUUACUCAAUAUUGUCAGGUAUAACAUAGUAUGGCUAUGCAGCAUAUAUGUAACUGAUCAAUGUCAUAAUAGUAGCCUGCGCCACAGACAGAACUUACUUAAGUUCUGGUUAAGUCUGUCUUCAAAAAUCCGCCAAUAUCCUUAUUCUGAGCCCCCACUUGACUACCAGGAUUUGAGUACCUGCCAUGAUUGGCCUGUCGAAAAUGCCACUGUCGAUUUGCUAGUAAGUUUGAAGUGAAUUCCAGUGAUUUGUGUAGUCCAUUGGUGGCCAUGAACAAGGGUGUUGCUUUGUAGAUGCGACUGUCUGGGUUUGGAUUAUGCCUGCUACGAAGGCUGUGUCAUUGCAAGUUGCUUAUUUAUAACUUGUUUUUGUCUUUUUGUAUGAGAAAAGCCGUUUGUUACUUCUCUUAGAGUGGUCAUGUCAUGAAAAAAGA